UCGGGGCGGGGCCGCGGCGUCCCCGUGCCCUCCGCGCGGCGCCCGCCGGGAAGCAGCGGCCUCGCGACAUGGCGGCGGUGCGGUGCCUGGCGCUGCGGCCCUACGGCCGCCUCCUGCUCUCGCCGCGGGCGGCCCCGCCGCCGCCGCCCCGCGCCGCCCCGGCCCGCCUCUCGUCCUCGUCCUCGUCCUCGUCCUCGUCCGGCCCGGCCGGCGGCAGGAAGGCGGCCCUGUGGGCGCUGGGGGCGGCGGCGGGCGGCGCGGGGCUCGCCCUGGCGCUGGGGGCGGCCGUGAGCGCCGGCGAGCUGGAGAUGCACCCGCCCAGCUUCCCCUGGAGCCACGGCGGCAUGCUCUCCUCCCUGGACCACGGCAGCCUGCGGCGCGGCUACCAGGUGUACAAGCAGGUGUGCUCCGCCUGCCACAGCAUGGAGUACCUGGCCUUCCGCAACCUCAUCGGCGUCACCCACACCGAGGAGGAGGUCAAGGCGCUGGCUGAGGAGGUGGAGGUGGUGGACGGCCCCAACGAGGACGGGGAGAUGUUCACGCGCCCCGGCAAGAUCUCCGACUACUUCCCCAAGCCCUACCCCAACCCCGAGGCGGCGCGCGCCGCCAACAACGGGGCGCUGCCCCCCGACCUCAGCUACAUCGUCAACGCGCGGCACGGCGGCGAGGACUACGUGUUCUCCCUCCUCACCGGCUACUGCGACCCCCCCACCGGCGUCACGGUCAGGGAAGGGCUGCACUACAACCCCUACUUCCCCGGGCAGGCCAUCGGCAUGGCCCCCCCCAUCUACAACGAGAUCCUGGAGUACGACGACGGCACCCCCGCCACCAUGUCGCAGCUCGCCAAGGACGUCUGCACCUUCCUGCGGUGGGCGGCGGAGCCGGAGCACGACCACCGCAAACGCAUGGGCUUGAAGAUGCUGAUGAUCACCGGGCUCCUGGCGUCCCUCUUCUACUACAUGAAGCGCCACAAAUGGUCUGUGCUAAAGAGCAGGAAAAUGGUCUACCGGCCCCCCAAAUAGACACGGCGGCGGGGAGCCCCUCGCGCGGCCACGCGCCCGCGGCGCACGACUGCCAGGGCGCAGGGCCGCGCGCGCAGCGGGACGCACAGGCGGGCAGGCCGCGCUCCACGCGGGCGCCUCGGCCCGGUUAUUUAACGACGCCCUCGCCACGCACAAACGCUGCCGGCGCCCGGUCUGCGCGGCGGGCUGCCGUCUGUGCUCGCGCGGUCCGGGGACGCGGGAAUAAACGCUGUCGUCCAAGGGGAAAGCGUGGUGUGGUGUCUGUGCCGGGGCCGCGGCUCUGCCCGCCCCAGCCGGCCCGGCUGCGGGGCCGGCGCCUGCCGCAGCCCACGUCUGUAUCGUGUUGUGAUCGCAUUAAACGGCUCGUCCACCCCG